GAGUACAAGGUGGUCGGGCGAUGCCUGCCCACGCCGAAAUGCACGACCCCUCCUCUCUACCGCAUGCGGAUCUUCGCUCCAAACCAUGUUGUCGCCAAGUCCCGGUUCUGGUACUUCGUUUCUCAGCUGAAGAAGAUGAAGAAGUCUUCUGGAGAGAUUGUGUACUGUGGCCAGGUGUAUGAGAAGUCCCCUCUGCGGGUAAAAAAUUUUGGUAUUUGGUUGCGCUAUGAUUCUCGUAGUGGAACUCACAACAUGUACAGGGAGUACAGGGAUUUGACCACGGCUGGUGCUGUCACUCAGUGCUACCGCGAUAUGGGAGCCCGUCAUCGUGCCCGUGCUCACUCUAUUCAGAUCAUGAAAGUUGAGGAAAUUGCUGCUAGCAAGUGCCGUAGACCAGCAGUCAAGCAGUUCCACGACUCUAAAAUCAAGUUCCCUCUGCCGCACAGGGUUCUGCGCCGCCAGCACAAACCACGUUUCACCACCAAGAGACCAAAUACUUUCUUUUAAAUACGAAAAUGUGCUAUCAAUCAACUCUGUGUUGUAAUAAAGGUCUUAUUUGAACCUUU